CUUAAGGGUCUAGGAAAAACUUUUAUCACAAAAGAUCUUGUUAGGAAAAUACUAAGCAGUCUUCCUAGAGAAUGGCUACCAAAAUGAAAUGCCAUUGAAGAAGCUAAAGACCUUAACACACUGUCUAUUGAAAGACUAGUAGGUUAUCUCUUGAGUCAUGAAGAAGUGAUCACUCAAAUGAACAAAGAAGACUAUAGAAGGAAAAACGUUAUAGCCUUCAAGGCUCAAGAAUAUGACAGUGACAAUGACUAUGAAUUAAGUGAGGAGUUUGAAAAAGAGUUUGCCCUUGUAAGUAAAAAAUUCCAUCGAAUGCUAAAAAUGAAAAGGGAAUUUCAAGCAAACAGAGCUUACAAUGAUUCUAGGAACACUAAGAGAGAUAGAGAGAGCUUUGAUCGACCAUCUUUUAGAUCAAAUAAUCAAAAUCCUUCAAGAAAGUUCUAUUCUGAGAAGAAUAAUCAAAGGUUUUUAGAAAGAACUCCUGAAAGUCGAGAAAGGACUAGACCAGACAUUAAGGAAGACCCCAGGUCUUCCGGAGAAAAGGAUUUAAUGAUUUGUUUUAAGUGUGGAAAGUCAGGUCACAUGUGCUCGAGGUGUCCCUUAAACUCCAGAUCACAAGAAAGAGCUCUUGCUGCCUCAUGGAGUGACUUCAGCUCUAAGGAUGAACAUGAAGUAAAAAACAUAGCCUAUAUGGCGUUUGCUUCAAAAAGAGAAAGCAAUUCACAUUCAUCGUAAUGAUCAAGCCUCACCUUAAUGCUAUCAGGUAAUGACUGACUCAGACUCAGAAAAAUGCUCUCAUUCUGAAACCAGAACUGAUUUUUUAAAUGCUUUAGCUAAUCUUCAAGAUGAAUGUAAUAUGUUAAAGCAAAUAUUGUAUGUUAAUGACUGAUAAUCAAGAGAUGAAAGUUAAAAUCCUUGAUCUGAAAAGAUCACCGAGCAUUCAAAACGAAUGCAGCAACAAGUUAAACAGAAAAAAAAUUCUUAAAGAUGAAAACCAAAAGCUACAUAUGUUAUGCAGAACAAGAUCUGCCGGUUUAACUCAGAACUUUCACCCAUAUGUAAAACGGACUUCAGUCGAAAAGAAUAGGUCUCUUGAACACAAUAGUCAAAAUGGUGUUCUAAAUGACAAGUAUAGUAAAUAUCCUAUAAUUUAUGUAUGUUCCUUUUGCAAUAGACGAGGUCAUCUAGCUAAGUUCUGCUUUGAUUUACAAAAACAGAAAAGCCCUCCUAUAUUCAAAACAUUUUGGGUACCAAAAUAUACUAACAUAUAAUUGAUUGGAGAGUAUGGGAGAGAAUGAUAACAUAUGGUUUUCGGACAGUGGUUGCUCCCACCACAUGACAAGUAAAAAGGACCUUUUUCAUCUUUAACUUACAAAAGAGGUGGUAAAGUUGUUUUUGGAGAUGACAGAGUAGAAUAAAUUAUGGGAAAAGGAACCAUUGGUCAAAAUCCCUUUCCAGUUGUUAAGGAUGUUUUGUAUGUUCAUGUACUAAAACACAACCUUCUAUCCAUAAGCCAACUGUGCAAUAAUGAAAACAAAGUGGUAUUUGAAUCUUCUUCUUGUCAAAUCAUUAGAAUAAGAGACAACAAACUUCUGUUUAGUGGAACUAAAAAGAACAAUAUGUAUGUUGUAGAUUUAAAGUGUCUUGACACUUUUAAAGAAACCUGCUUUCAAGCAACUAUACAUGAUCAGGAAAUGCUCUGGCAUAGGAAACUAGGACAUGUGUGUCUUUCCAAACUGUCCAAACUGUCUAAAAUGAAGUCUGCUCGAGGCAUCCCUGUCUUAAAAGACAAGUCAAAGUUUUUCUGUGAUGCAUGUGCUGGUGGAAAAUUGGCUAAAAAGAGUUUCAAACUAAAAAAAGGAUAUAACCACUACUGAAACAUAUGAAUUAAUUCAUAUGGAUCUCUUUGGGCCCACAAAUCUAGUAAGUUUAGGAGGUAAGUCUUAUGUAGGGAUGGCAACAAAACCCGAACCCACGGGUACCCACCCGACCCAACCCGGUCAACGCGGGUAAAACCCGUGUUGACGGGUUUUGGGUCGGGUUCGGGUUUAAACCCGCUACACUAUUCACCGGAUCGGGUUGGGUUUGGGUUUAGGUAAACCCGCCCCAUGGGUACCCGCUCACACACAUAUAAUUACUUUUACGGUAUAUUUAAUAUUCUAAAUAAUAUAUCUUCCUUAAAUAACUAAUAUCUAUAUGUUUGUGGAGACAUGUAUAAUUUGUUCUUUCUAAUUGUUUAGAAUGAAGUUGAUAUUAUGAAGUAGAGAGUGAAGAAACUUAGUUGACGAGGAAGAAGUUUUCAAUUAAUCUUAUUGUUUAUAUAUGUUUAUCUUUAAUUUUGAAUAAUUUGUAUUGAUCAUUUGCGCUUUGCUUGUAUGCUCUAGAUUGGUGUUUUUUGUAUGAUGAAUUUGUAUGAGAAAAUUGAUGUUAAACUUUUAUUUUGAAAGAAACUUGUUAUUGUAAAUUUUUACCACAAAAACUCACGGGUACCCAUGAACCCGCGGAUACCCAGCGGGUUGGGUUGGGUUUGAGUUUUUUAAACCCAACGGGUUUUACCCCGGGUUUUUUUGGCGGAUAAACCCAUGGAUUUGAGUUUGGGUUUGACAAAACCCGACCCAACCCGACCCAUUGCCAUCCCUAGUCUUAUGCGCUAGUACUCGUUGAUGACUACUCCCGAUACACUUGGGUUUACCUACUUGCGUCUAAAGAUGAAGUGUUUAGCUAUUUUAAGACCUAUGUAAACACUGUGUUAAAUGAGUCAAAGAAUGGUAUUAAGGAAUGAUAGACCGUUAAUUACACAUGUUUUUACCCCUGUUCUUACACCGUUUGAGAUGUGAUUUCUCGUGUUUUAGGCCGAUUUCACGCUAGGUUGUGCUUGUUUGUGAUAUUUCAGGUCCUAGUACGUGAAUGAAGGCUUGGGAACGAGCUUGGGGUCGAUUGGAUGAAGAUCGGACGCGUGGCGAGGUACAAAGGAGGCCACACGGGCACACCCACAAAUCACAUGGCCGUGCAGCUCAUAUUUCUGGCCGUGUGUGUAUUGCCGAGAGCAAACACGGCCUGCCCUGACAUUUCACACGGCCGUGUGACAAAGUGCUCUGGCCGUGUGACUUUUGCCGUGAGCAGACACGGGCAGAUGGAAAUCAAACACGGCCGUGCCAUCCUGGCCGUGUGAGAAGCCUGAAGAUCGAACUUAAGUGAUACGGUGCGUUUUGACUCACACGGGCAACUGGGUAUGCCACACGGCCGUGUGGCCCUGCCCGUGUGAGUCGGGAUUUCCUGGUUUUAACACAAUUCCGGGCUGCAAGAGGGGGGAUCGAAUUCCUUGAGCAAAAACAGAGUUUUAGAGAGAGAAAGUGCGAAGAACUCACCCUAGAAGCCAUCUUGGAGCUGGGUUUCAUCAAAUCAAGCUUGGAGAUCGUCCUAGGAGUGGAAAUCAUCAUCCCGGAGCAGAUUUUCCUCAUCAUUAUGAGUAUGACUACUCCGAUUACUGUUUUCUUUUCUCUCUCUAUGGAGUAGAACCUCUCUCUCACUUGGGGAUGAAGAACCCUAGUUCUAUGUGUUAGGGGAUUGAUUGUAAUGACUUGGGAUGAUAUUACUGUUUGAUUAUAAUCGAAUGAUGCAUGUUUAUUGAGUCAAUUGAAGUCUGAUCAACUUUUCCUGAUUCCUGCUGCAAUCUGAGAUAGAUAGAAUCUGAUUAGGUUGCUAGAGUCUCAUCAUUCGAUAGUAGGAGAUUGGCUAUACGAGAGUUAGCCAGUUUACUGCUUUGUACUGGAAUCUAAUUCCAGUAGUGAAUUUCUGUUCUUACUGCUUCAGCUUUCUAUCCCGGUGAAGACUAGUCGUCUGCCGGGUAGUUAGACUGAGAGGGCUUGGUCAGCUUAAGAGAUUCCACGCUACUGUCGGAUCUUCCGCAGUUUAAUCAACAGUAAAUCAACCCAGGGUAAAUUGCAAUUGAAACCUAACUAAAGAGCUAGGGGGAUUCAUUCCCGAGUGACUCUUUCCUGCUUAAGAAAACCGAAUAAUUUCCUGCUUUAUUUCUGCUUUUAGUUUAAACAACAAUCACUUACUUUAGUUGGCUAGAUAACAGAGAAUCACUGAGUAAGCAGUAGAUCUAGAGCCCGGGUUGAUAAUAUAACUUGCCUGUUACUGCAUUCCCGGUCUGCGAUUACACUUGGUCGCAGAUUGGUGUUGUGUUUUGGCGUGUCAAGUUUUUGGCGCCGUUGCCGGGGACCCUCUAGGUUAUUGGGGAAACGUGAGAAUUUGUUACUUUAGCUUUUUAUUUACUGCAUUUUAUCUCUUCCACCUGUGUACCUUCACGGGUUGCUUCUGCUGAUUGUGUGCAGGUAGUGCAUGACCCGUAGCCAGUCGGGAGAUCUACUACCACUAGACCAGGAGCUUGAACGAACCUGCAGAAACUUCAAGCGGGCUCUAAAGGCGCGACUGGCUGCGGAGGAGGCGCUAGCACAGCUACAGAUCACUGAAGAAGAGGAGAUGGCUAAUCCACAGGACCAUGCUGUGGUCGAUCCCGAGGAGCAGACCAUGGGACAUUACUGGACCGCUAGGGCUGCAGACAUGAGGUCACCCAUUCAACACCCUCAUGUCCCAGCCAAUAAUUUCGAGGUGAGCACCUCAGUAAUCACCAUGCUGCGCGGUUCGGUGAUGUUCCGUGGCAAGGAGGGGGAGUGCCCCCGAUCACAUCUCCGACGAUUCCACGAGCUCAUUGAUGGAAUCAAGAUCAAUGGGGUACCCGCAGAUGCCAUCCAGCUGAGGUACUUCCCAUUCACUCUGGAGGGGCAAGCCAAGGAGUGGCUAGACACUCGACCUCCAGGCUCCAUCACUACGUUCGCCAACCUGGCGGACAAGUUCCUUACUCGCUACCAUCCUCCGUCCAAGACGGCGGACUUGCAGAAGCAGAUCACCCACUUCACCCAGGAUGAAGAUGAGACCAUCCGGGACGCCUGGGAGAGAUACAACAGCCUCUUUCUGAGGUGUCCCAAUCAUGGUUUCAACGAUGCUUUCAAGGUGGGAACCUUCUAUCACGCCCUCUUCCCGGAGGACAAGCAGCUGAUUGAUUCGGUUUGUGGCGGGAACAUGCUGACCAAAACACCGCCACAGCUGAAUCAACUCUUUGAGGAGAUGGCGGAGAAUGGGUACGAUUGGGGCACUGCCAGGAGAUCGAGACGAGCACCAGGACGGGGUGUGCAUGUUGUGGGCACCCAGUCAUCUGAUUUGGUGCAGGUGGUAUCGAAGCUGGUUUCAGCUAUCGAUCGUUCUGGUUUGAUUGCAGGUACCGGACAGCAACAGGCUAUGCUCUGCCAGUGGUGCGAGAGCACCCACCAUACAGUGGAAGACUGCCAGGCGAUGAAGGAAUCGACCACGCCCCAGGAGCAGGUGAACUUCAUCAACAAUGUCAGGCGCAACGACCCCUACAGUAACACCUACAAUGAGGGGUGGCGCCAGUAUCCCAACUUCUCCUGGGGUGGGGCAAAUUCCAGACCACCAGUUCCCCAGGGACCACCGGGCUUCCAGAGGCCACCAUAUCAGCCCAGACAGGGGCAAUUCCAGCAGCAGCAGUCUCUCUACCAGCCCAUGCAGGGGCAAGCUGCUCCAUCCCAGCCGCGACCUUUCCAGCAGCCAGGUGCAGUCCCUGCCGCCCCAGCGCAGAACGAUCAGAUGGCUGAACUGCGGGAAUUGGUGGGUUCUCUCGCCAGUUCUAGUGCUCAAAAAUUUAACACCAUCGAGCAGUUCAUGGAAAAGGCAUCGGGUAAAUUCCUGGCUCUUGAAGCUGGCCAGAGGAACACACAGGCUGUCUUGCAGGAUAUCCAGACCCAGCUGGGGAGUGUGGCUCAAGCAGUGGCACAAAGGGCUCCCGGUACCUUGCCCGGUCAGACCAUUCCUCACCCUCAGAACCCGAAUGAGCACUGUAAUGCCAUCAUGACCAGGAGUGGCAAGAUGACUGUUGAUCCACCUGCUCGGGAACAAGAGAGAGAGGCCCCUGCCUCGGCAUCUCCAGCAGCUGAAGCAGAAGCCGAGAAGGAGGUUGAGGUGUCUGCACCUAAACCGCAACCAGUAGUGAAGGAGUAUAUCCCUAAACUCCCCUUCCCUACUCGGUUGCACAAAGACAGGCUGGAGGCAGAGUUCGAGAGCUUCAUGGCCAUGCUUAGGAAGCUGAAUGUCCAAGUGCCUUUCCUGGAGGCACUAUCACAAAUGCCUAAGUAUGCGAAGUUCCUGAAGGAUCUUCUCUCAAAGAAGCAGAAGCUGAGCGAGCUGGCCACUGUGGAGCUCAGCGAGGAGUGCUCGGCCAUUCUGCAGAACAAGCUUCCGCAGAAACAGAAGGACCCAGGUAGUUUUACUAUCCCGUGCUCUAUUGAGAAUUUGCAUGUAGAGAGGUCCUUGGCGGAUUUAGGUGCUAGUAUAAAUGUUAUGCCAUAUAAACUGUUUAAGAAACUAGGCCUAGGUGAACCCCGUGCUACUAGGAUGAGCCUUCAAUUAGCUGACCGAUCUGUAGUGCAUCCUAGGGGCAUAGUGGAAGACCUUCUGGUUAAGGUUGGCAAAUUCAAUUAUCCUGUUGAUUUUGUGAUUUUAGACAUAAAUGAGGAUGUGAAUGUGCCAUUGAUACUAGGAAGGCCUUUCUUGGCCACCGCCAAGGCCCUCAUAGAUGUGCAUGAUGGGACCUUAGUUCUGAGGGAUGGUGAGGAGCGAAUAACAUUUUCAAUUUCUAAUACACAUCCUGCUUCCUCGCCUUUGCAUGCUGUAUCUCACCAGGAGCACGAGUCUGUCGUGUAUCCUUCUGUGUUGCCUAUUUUGCAGGAUCCGCCUCCCACACCUUCGCCGCCACCCCCAUCCACUCCGUCAUCGAAGGAACAAAUCAGGGAGGAGUGGCGGCCGAAACAGCAGGCAGCUAAGCCUGCUCGAAAGAAGGCCGGAGACCACUUUGAGCUGGUCCCGCCCCCACCUUGGCCAUCCGAGUAUUCACUCGCUUGCAUCCUGCCGGAUGGCCAAGUUGAAUUGGCAAAUGCUGGUGGCCACAUUCGGCGGGUGCAUGGCCACCAGUUGAAGUUGUACCUCAAGAGCGAGGUGGAUCCGCUCUUGAAGGCAUCUACUCCUUCACCUCACUGAGCAUCCACCGACUGGCGUCCAGCUAAAAGACAGUAAAGAAGCGCUUGUGGGGAGGCAACCCCACCUAGGUUUGCAUUUUCUUACCUUUUUCUUUUUGAUUUUUUGUGUUUUUUGAGUCUUGAGAUGUUGUUCCAGAGUCGAAUGUCGUUUUUGAGUGAAAACAGGUUGAUUUUGGGGCUCCAGCAGUUCACACGGCCAAGCCUUAAACUCACACGGCCGUGUGGAUACCUUCCAUUGGCCGUGUGAGCUCUCGGCAAUUUCCACACGGCCAAAUGUGCAACUGGCACGGCCGUGUGGAUUGGCCUGGCCUGGCCGUGCGGCCGACACAGGCAAAGCAUUUGAUCGCACGGCCGUGUGAAAGAGUGCCCUGGCCAUGUCUGCUCUCGCAGAAUUUGGCACGGCCAAAUGAGCAUAUGGCACGGCCGUGAGAAAUCCCUCGGCCAGGCCGUGUCGGCCGACACGGGCAAAAAUACACGCGACACGGCCGU